AUGGAACCAGUGAGUGCUGAGUGCCAGCUGCCCCCGGAAGAUGAUUUAUUGGAAAUUAUGAUGGAGCAAAGCUUCACUGAGCCGGAGGAAAAGUCACAAGACAAACCAACCAGGAAAAUAAUUCCUAAAACUAAACUAUGCAAAGGUGUCAACAACAGGUACUGUGUUCUGCAUAUAAAGGAGGUAUAUGCACAAAGAGAAGAGAAACAUCUGACUAUUACAGCAUCUCAGGAGGGUGAUGAUCUGGAGCUCUGCAUUUUAAAGGAUGAUUGGGUAGCUCUUCAGAUCAAACCUGGUGAUAUAAUCCACUUGGAAGGUAACUGUUCUGUUGACAAUACAUGGACCAUAAGCAGAGACACAGGAUAUCUUAUCUUAUACCCCGAUUUGCUCAUAUCUGGUACUAGCAUAGCAAAUGGAAUUAGAUGUUUGAGGAGAUCAGUGCUGAGCGAAAAAUUCAAGGUGUGUGAUAAAGGAUCCCGUCAAAUGCUGAAUGGCACAAUGCUCCAUGAUAUCUUUCAAAGAGCAACAACGUGUGGGUUUACUGACAGUGUGCUGCAAGAGCUUGCCCAUCACACAGUUCAUGGACCGAAGUAUCUAAAAGAAAUGUAUCAGUUGAAAUUAAAUCAAGCUGAUGUUAUGGGAGAAAUACAAGAAUAUCUUCCAUCACUCUCUAAAUGGGCAACUGAUUUUAUGACGCAUCCUCUCAAUCAACAACAAAUAAAUAGAACAAAAUCAACAGCUGGAGAUCCCACAGAGACAACUAAAGUUUCAGAGUUUCUAGACAUUGAGGAAAAUAUUUGGUCCCCAAGGUUUGGUCUAAAAGGCAAAAUUGAUGUAACAGCUAGGGUAAAAAUACACCAGAAAUCUAAAGCUCAUUUAAAAAUAAUGCCUCUGGAGCUUAAAACCGGCAAAGAAUCAAACUCUAUAGAACACAGGAGUCAGGUUGUUUUGUAUACCCUUUUAAGUCAGGAGAGGAGAGAAGAUCCAGAAGCCGGUUUACUUUUAUAUCUUAAGACCGGAAAUAUGUACACUGUACCUGGAAAUCGGCUUGACAGAAGAGAGCUAUUAAAAAUUAGGAAUGAGUUAUCCUAUUACCUGACAAAUGUUCUACAUAAAUCAGACAAUGGAAGUAAAGAAACCACACUAGCUUCUCUGCCAACCAUGAUUGCUGAUAGACAAGCUUGCAAAUAUUGCUCACAGAUGCGGAACUGUGCCCUUUAUAACAGAUCUGUUGAGCAACAAACUGAGAAUUGUUACAUACCUCCUGAAAUGAUUCCAGUUGUUCAGAAAGAGACCGAACAUUUAACUGAGGAUCAUUUGCAGUACUUUAGGCUGUGGUAUCUCAUGUGCACAUUGGAGGCAAAUUCAAAGGACUCAAAAAUGGGACGGAAAAAUAUAUGGAUGAUGUCGUCUUCCGAAAGAGAAGAAGAUGGGCAAUGCAUUGGGAACCUUAUUAGGACAGGACAUGUACAAACCAUUUCUGAUGUACAGUAUCUACAUUCCUUUCAGCGUAGAUCUGGUAGUGUCCCUGCAACAAACUUGGCAUCAGGUGACAGAGUUGUAGUAAGUGGAGAGGAAAGGUUUCUUGCUCUGUCAACUGGCUACAUAAAAGAAGUCAAAGAUAAAAACAUCACUUGCAUCUUGGACAGGAGUCUUGUCAAGCUCCCUGAGGAUUUGUUAUUUAGGCUUGAUCAUGAAGAAGGAGGAGGAGGUUUAGAGUUCCAUCUUGGAAACUUAUCAAGGCUGAUGGAGAACUCAUCUGUAAGUGAAAAACUGCGGAAAUUGAUCAUUGACUUUAGCAAACCAAAUUUUGUUCAGCAUUUAAGCUCCAUUCUUCCUCCUGAUGCAAAGGAUAUUGUUGCUUCCAUUUUAAGAGGCCUUAACAAACCUCAGAAGCAGGCAAUGAAACGUGUUCUCCUUUCUAAAGAUUACACUCUUAUUGUCGGCAUGCCUGGAACUGGGAAAACCACUACUAUAUGUACCCUGGUGAGAAUUUUGUAUGCUUGUGGGUUCAGUGUGCUGCUAACCAGUUACACACACUCUGCUGUAGAUAACAUCUUAUUGAAAUUGAAAAAAUUCCAAGUGGGCUUUCUGCGUUUAGGGCGGACACAGAAGCUCCACCCAGAUGUUCAGGAAUUCAGUGAAGAAGAAAUCUGCAAAGCCAAGUCAAUAAAAUCUUUAAGUGCUUUAGAAGAACUCUACAAUAGUCAGCCAGUUGUUGCAACAACAUGUAUGGGUGUGAAUCAUCCAAUUUUUACACGAAGGCGGUUUGACUUCUGCAUUGUUGAUGAAGCAUCCCAAAUUAGUCAGCCAAUUUGCCUUGGCCCUUUGUUCUUUGCCGACAGAUUUGUUCUAGUGGGCGACCAUCAACAGCUUCCUCCAUUAGUGAAAAGUGCAGAAGCAAGAGAGCUGGGUAUGAGUGAGAGUCUUUUUAAACGGCUGGAAAGGAAUCAAGAGGCUGUGGUGCAGCUGACUGUACAAUAUCGAAUGAAUAGUAAGAUUAUGGCACUGAGCAACAAGCUGGUGUAUGAAGGCAGACUGGAGUGUGCCUCUGACCGUGUAUCUAAUGCUGUAGUUCAGCUACCGCAUAUUAAGACUUUACUACUGGAGCUGGAGUUCAGAGAGAGCCAGGAAUCAAUGUGGAUUAAAGAUGUAUUGGAGCCAAGUAAUCCUGUGUGCUUUCUGAAUACAGAAAAAAUUCCAGCCCUGGAAACGGAGGAGAAGGGCGGGAUCAGUAAUUGGAUAGAAGCUAAACUGGUGUUCCAUUUGACAAAGCUGUAUCUAAAGGCCGGCUGCAAACCCUCCGACAUUGGGAUCAUAGCGCCAUAUCGUCAGCAACUUAAAAUGAUCUCUAAUUAUUUCAACUCAUUGUCAGCCAGUGCCGUGGAGGUGAAUACAGUGGAUAAAUAUCAAGGGAGAGACAAAAGUGUUAUCAUUGUGUCCUUCGUUAGAAGCAAUAUUGAUGGAAAACUUGGAGACCUUUUAAAGGACUGGAGAAGGCUAAACGUGGCACUGACACGGGCCAAACACAAGCUGAUCAUGUUGGGCUGUGUUCCAACCCUUAACCGCUUUGACUGCCUGGAGCAGCUGAUAUGUUAUCUAAAGACUGAAAAUCAAAUUUAUGAUCUUCCAGAAGGUGCCCAUGAGCAUUUCCCUGUAUGA